AGCAGUUGUUACGUGCUAGCAACAGUUACUUUCCCAAUUGGCAGGGGUACUCUAAACAGUUUGUGGUAACACUUCUUGGUGUUUAAGUAUUAUCAAUGAUGAUAAAAGUAUGGAAUGAGUUUUAAACGUAGAUGAUAAGUUAUGUGAAUAUUUGCCAUGCGUAUGCAAAUUGUUGCUACUAUUUUUUAUCAAUCCAACCAAGCUCUUCGCAUUUGAAGAUGAUAUGGGAAUUAUUUCGGUGGUGUUACUUUUCGGUUUCAUAAAAAGUUUGGAAGCAAUUCAUUGUGAUAAAAUAUUCAACUACCACGAAAAUUACGGAUAUGGCUUUGAUAUCAUUUGUGAGGGACUCUCGAACAGGAACAAGGAAAUGCUUGUGGAUAUAUCAGUGUCCAAUGAAAUUGUCUUGACGAUCAACAACUCAAAUUUGAGUGAGGUUACCCCAAACCUAUUCCAAAAUGUAUCAAAAAUCAGGUUUUUAAUCAUCAAAAAUUCAUUAUUUGUAUUUAACCCAAACGAAUACAUUUUUGCAAAUUUAUUAUCUUUGGAGCAUUUAAUUUUUGAAAACACAGUGUUUAGUAGUCAUAAUUUGUACGUCUUGCAAGAUUUGGAUAAGUUAAGAGAGUUGAGUUUUGUCAAUACGAAUUUGGAGAUUAUAAACAAUGGAACUUUUCGGAAUUUGCAGAAAAUAGAAACUUUGACUUUAACAAAUAAUCGAUUUGAAAAUAUGUCUGAGAUUCCAUUUUGUGAAUUGCCGGCAUUAAAAUAUCUUCAUUUAGACAGGAAUAAAGUUAAACAAGUUAGUGGAAAUUUCACUUCUUGUUUUCGGAAAAAAGAAACAAAUCUAAAAUUAAACGGAAUGCGGUAUACAAUACUAUCCGAAAAUGUUCAUCAAUCUAAAUCUGAAACGAGUUUACUCGAUUUGAAUGUAAGUAAUAAUCAAAUAGAGUUUAUUGACAAUUUUGAUUGGGCUUUGAGAUUGAGACAUAUUGAUUUGAGUAAUAAUCGGCUUGAAAAUGUAAGUAAAAAAAUAUUCAGUAUUUUGGGCGAUUUAGAAAAACUUAAUCUUGAAAAUAACUUUAUUAGGAUAAUUGAUUCGGAAGCUUUCUCCGGGCUAAAAAAUCUAAAAGUGAUUAAUUUAAAACGAAAUUUGUUAAAUGAAGUGGUUUUCAAGAAUCUGCCUAAUUUAGAGGAAAUCAAUUUAGGGAAUAACAAUUUAAAACCUGAUAGUUUAACUACUUUUAAUAAUUUGCCAAAACUUCAAUCACUAAUUUUGCACAACAAUUUUAUAAAAAAAAUGCCACCAAAUAACUUUACUAGUUUAGAAGUUCUAGAUUUGUCUAGUAACAGUGUGAUUUUACAAAAUAGUGUAUUUAAAAACUUAGGCAGUUUAAAACAUUUAAAUUUAAAAAACAAUAGUUUAGAAAAUAUUCCUGUUGAAGCAUUUUUAGGAUUAGUAAAUCUGGAGAUUUUGGACAUUUCUGUGAAUAAAGUUGAAAUAUUUGAAAAUCCUCACGUUUUUGUAGAUUUAUACAAUUUAAAAAUUUUGAAUAUGUCGGACAAUAACAUACAACAUUUAAAUUACGACUUAGUUAAACCUUUACGUAAUCUCCAAGUACUUGACAUUUCAGGAAAUAAAUUACAAAGUUUUCAAAUCAAUGUAAUUUCUUUAUUGCCUUCUCUUCAGAUAAUCAACAUUAGAUCAAAUCUGUUAUCAUGUAGUGUUUUAUCAAAAAUUAUUGUAUUUUUGAAAAACAAACACAUAGACUAUACGAUUAAUGAAGAAUUCGAAUAUGAUAAGCAGAAUAUUGGUGGAAUAUAUUGUAAAGAAAUGUCAAGUAGCGUUCGUGGUUUAUCUUCGCCUAUUGCAAUCAUAUUUCUGGUUGUUGCUAUUAGUGUUUUUAUUUCUUUUACAUUUUAUAGAUGUUUGUUGUUUUCCAAGAGGCGAAGAUAUUUUAUGGAUGAAAUGGAGCUUAUUUAGUCCUAGUUUAAUAGAUUUUAAUUCUUGAUGUACCUAUGUAUUAGAUAGAUAUUUAUUUAAUUAUUGUAAUAAUUUAGAACAGUUCAGUUUAAAUAAAGAUAUAUUUUUGCUA